AUGGAUGAUAACGAUAAAAAAGUCGCUUCACCUGCCUCAUCUAAUACCGCACAAUUGUGGACAGAAAAAUAUCGCCAAAGUCUUGGUUAUUUCGUGGAUUUGAGUGGUUUAGCACCACUCAGCAACAUAAAGUUUCGUAUUGUUUGGGAAGACGAAUUAUUAAAAAGAGAGAUUGUACGCGAGGAAGGUAUUCAUUUUAGCGACAGUUGGGCGAUUGAACUUGAUGAAAUAAGCGGAAACUCUACAAGGGUUACUGUUACUGAAAAACUAAUGUUUUACACGACUAUAUAUGUUUAUCACAUAUUGGAUCACGUGGCGAAGUCCGUUUGUCCGCACGUCGCUAAACCAAUUCAAUUGAUCAAGAAAACGAUAGUACCCAUUGUUUGCAUUUGCAAUGAUAUCAAUGCUUAA